AGCCGUGCGUGCAGUGCCGGUCGGCGGCUGCGGGCGCCGCUGUUCACCGCGGAGGAGAGGAAGGAGCGGAGCGCUGCAGGCAGCCCCGCCCGCUGCGGCCCGGCUCGCUCGCUCGCUCUGUCGCUGUGUCGGCGUCCGGGCGGGCUGCGAGCGGCCCCGCGGUGCGGAGCGGUGCUGCAGCGAGGCGGAGGGGCGGCGGGAGCGGUGCGGAGCGGACCCCGAGACGGAGCCGAGCCGGAGGCGGAGGAGAAGGCACGAGAGAAGUGGCAGAAGAAAAAUCGGAAGUGGGAGCGGCGCGUAAGCGGCGAUCGUGAGGUGGCGGCGGUGUUGCGGUGGCGGCGGGACCGUGCGGGAGAUGUGCGCGGCGAGAGAAGGGCGCUGUGGCCGGAGGCAGCGGGCGCUGCUGUGCUGCAUGUUGGUGGCGGCGUGGGAGGCGGCGUGGGGGCAGCUGCGCUACUCGGUGCCCGAGGAGCUGCCCAAGGGCUCGUUCGUGGGCGACGUGGCCGAGGACCUGGCGCAGGAGCUGGCGGCGCUGGGCGGCCGCGGCGCCCGAGUGGUGUCCCAAGGCAGGACUCAGUAUUUCGCUUUGCACGCGAGCAGCGGCCACUUGAUGACGGCCGAGAGGAUCGACAGGGAGCAGCUGUGCCGUCUGCAGGAGAAAUGCGUGCUGCGCUGUGAGCUGAUCGUGGAGGGCGAGAUGAAGGUUUUUGCAAUCGAAGUGGAAAUCACGGACAUCAACGACAAUGCGCCCAGCUUUGGAGAGGACGAAAUGGAACUGAAAAUGAACGAGAUGACAGCUAUUGGAAUGCGGUAUGCCUUGAGGCGAGCUCGCGACCCGGACGUGGGUGCAAACUCCCUGCAGAGCUACACGCUGAGCGGCGACGAGCACUUCUCGCUGUCGGUGCAGGCGGGAGCCGACGGCGAGAAGCGUCCCGAGCUGGUGCUGGCCAAGGCGCUGGACCGGGAGGAGGCGGCGUUUCACGAGCUGCUGCUGAGGGCG